CAAGUUCUGCUUGGAGAACAGUGAACAGACAAAUAAGAUAUAACAAGGGCUGUGAACUAGAGAGGGCCCCUUAGCCAGCGCAGCGCUCCAUCUGCAACUACAUGGCUUUUCUGGACUGCUGCACCUCACCCACUUCAAGACAGUCGAGCAGGAUGCAAACAAAGAUGCCAAAUUAGAAGCAGCUGAGGAAGAUGACGGCCAGUCUGAUCCAAAAGUGCUGGAAGGCAUAGAAAGCCUCACCAUAUGGACUUGCCCUUUUGGUCCUUGCUGCUGGUACAGGAGGCAGUGAGGAUGUGACUCCACGGGCUGGGGCUGCUUAUUUGUUGAUGGCUGAUUCUCUCUGAUUACUCUCUGGGGACCCAGAAUAGGAUGGGUGAUGGACCUGUGAGGGGAGGUUCUGCGGGCAUCAAUGCCAGUCUCCAUGGAGCCGUCGCUCCCCACUCAGUGGGCGUGGAACUCCUCCAGACCAGGACGACUGCUCCAGAUGUCCCAGAACUCCGCACAUCCCAAUUCCAGCCUGGACACCAAGACCAAGGACGUGGCCUCAGAGUCUGUGGGGCUCUUCUUCAUGCUCUUGAUUGACCUGACGGCCAUCAUGGGCAAUGCUGCUGUGAUGACUGUCAUCAUCAAGACGCCCGCGCUGAGGAAGUUCGUCUUUGUUUUCCACCUCUGCUUGGUGGACCUCUUGGCAGCCCUCACCCUCAUGCCCUUGGCCAUGCUGUCCAGCUCUGCCCUUUUUGACAGCACCAUCUUUGGUGAGGUCAUGUGCCGCGUCUACCUUUUCCUGAGUGUCUGCUUCAUCAGCAUGUGCAUCCUCUCCAUUUCAGCCAUCAACGUGGAGCGCUACUACUAUGUAGUGCACCCCAUGCGCUAUGAGGUCAAGAUGACUGUCAGCCUGGUGGUCUGUGUCCUGGUGGGGGUGUGGAUCAAGGCGGUGGUCAUGUCUGUCAUCCCUGUGGUUGGGUGGCUGUCCCCCGAUCGCUUUGCCAGCUCCCCAGCCCCCCAUGGUCGAGGCUGUUCGCUGCAGUGGAGCCAUAGUUCUUACUGCAAGUUCUUUGUGGUUUUCUAUGCUGUCUUUUAUUUCCUCCUGCCAGUCCUGAUCAUCCUUGUGGUCUACUGCAGCAUGUUCAAGGUGGCCAGAGUGGCUGCCAUGCAUCACGGCCCACUUCCCACUUGGAUGGAUACCCCACGGCAGCGGUCAGAAUCGCUCAGUAGCCGGUCCACCAUGGUGACUAGCUCCGGAGCCCCUCGGACUACUCCACAGAGGACGUUUGGGGGAGGGAAAGCUGCUGUCAUUCUCCUGGCAGUGGGAGGGCAGUUUCUUUUCUGCUGGUUGCCCUAUUUCUCUUUUCACCUCUACACAGCCCUGAGCUCCCAGCCUUUGCCUGGCCAGCAGGUGGAGAGUGUUGUCACCUGGAUCGGCUAUUUUUGCUUCACUUCCAACCCUUUCUUUUAUGGGUGCCUCAACCGGCAGAUCCGCGGAGAGCUCAGCAGGCACCUCACCUGCUUCUUCAAGCAGCCGCCGGAGGAUGACCUCAGGCUGCCCAGCCAAGAGGGCUCCAUCGAGGAGAAUUUCUUGCAGUUCCUUCAGGGGACAGGCUGUAACGCAGAGACCAGGAACAUUCAUGCUCACGCCAGUCCCAAGAGGGACCAGCCCACCAUUGACUUCCGAAUCCCUGGACAGAUUGCCGAGGAGACCUCGGAGUUCCUCGACCAGCACCUAAACAGUGAUAUCACCGUCCCUGACAGCUACAUCAGGACAGCGCCUUCGCCCAAGCCUGAGCUGUAGCACUACUUUGCACUUGACAAUCUCGUUCUAUGAAUGUGUGGAACAAUGCAGAAGCCAGCUGCCAGCGGCAGUGGUGGUGGUGGUGGUGAAUACCAAACCCAUCCAUGGUGACUGAAUCUGCAUCCUUCUGCCUCAGUGCCCAACCUGGAAAGCAGCAGGGCCUGGUGUUUGAGUCCUUCUGGUUAGUUUAGAUUGGUGUUGUGGCAUUUCUGAUUAAUCCCUUUUUCACUUGGUUUGGAAGCAGAAAGAGUCCCAGGCUCCCCAGACUUCCUCUGUGUCCCUUGCAAGUUUCCAAAAGAGCUUUGACAUGGUUUGGUCUCCAUUUCCAUUUCCUCUUGACCCUUUUUACUCUGAUUUCUGCCCUUUUCCCAUCCCAGUAGGAAAAUAAGGAAGACAGUGGGCUUCCCAGCACUCAACCCUGCAGCUCCAAUGGUUUUCCCAACCUGGGACCCCAUUGAGGAGAAGGGGCAUGUUGAAGGAAGGGAGAGAUGCCCUUUGCUGGUGUUUGACUAAGGCAUGACCAACCCUCCCCCAUCUCUGGGAGCAUCAGGGGGAGAGGGCAUUGAGAGGAACCAGUGCAAGCCAGGAUUGCAGUAGAACAAGUGGCCUUUUACCUCCAGUUCCCCACAGGUUUCCUUUGAACCAGCACAGUCUCCUCCCUUGCUCUCCAUCUUGCACGCCCUGAGCUGGGCAUGGGCUCCAGAACAAUUUCCUUCCUUCUCCUUUGGUCUUCCAGCAAUCCCCACCCAGCUUAGCCUGUCCUGGCCUGGCCUUUCUCCAUCUCCUCCAAAGUGCUGCUUGUGUUCAUGGCCCCUGCCCCAAGGGGGAGGCAAGGCCCAGGAGCAAGUCUCUUCCCACUCCGGCUCCUGCCUGAGGGGAUGCUUUUCCCCAGGUGAGAGUGACUUGGGUGCUGAGCCCAGGCCACACUUUUCUCCAUCAGUGCUGCUUUGUGGGCCUGGAGGGUCUCACCCCUUUGACCCCAGCAGCACAUGGCCCAGCACAGACACAGCCUGUUCCACAGCCCCAGGGACCACGGGGUCACAGCUGUCUGGCCGGCGGUGCCCAUGCCUCUCUGAGCCCAGGCAGAAGCUCUCUCCAGGCUCCAGGUGGGGGGCAGAAAACAAUGAUGGUGGUUUUUGUAUUGACCUGGAUCAUCUUUUCCUUCUCAGCACCUGCCUCUCCUGUCUCCCCUCCCAUGGCAGUGGGGUCUCUAACUCCAGAAGCACAGGCAGCAUGAGGGGCCCAGGCAGAGCCUGGGCUGUGGGAUAAAGCAUCCCUGCUGGCUGGCCCAUGGUGGACUCUGCUGGCUGGGGGAGACUCUGGAAGUGCCGAUGCCUCCUCAUAGCGAGGUCGGAUUAGAGCUGGGCUGAACCUACGCUUUUGCCCAUUGCACAGCUGCCACUACAGGCACGAGGGGUCCAGCUGCAUCUUUCCAACCAGGCCCCAUGCUGGAAUAAAUGGUUGUGGUCCUGGCCUGCUGGACAGACCCUAGUGAGACAGCAGUAGUUGGGGUCUAGCAGGACCUGAGUAGUUGGGAUAUUGGGUGGUGGGGAGGGGGACCACGCUGGUUUGGAUUCUCCUCUGCUUUCCCUUCUGGCAUUCAUCUCAGCCAGCGGGCAAAGAGCUCUGCAACAGGGAUCAGCCGGCAGUCCUCAGCCUGCUGGAAUCAAUGGCCUUACAAACCACCACUGAUUGCAGCAGAGCUAGGGAGCGGCCUCUUGUGGCCAGUGCCCCCUUCUCUGCUGGGCAGGAGGGCAGGGAAUCACAGGGAGAAGAGACCAGCCCUCCUUUGGGAUUUGAUGAUGCACUAAUCUUAAUCCUGGGGGUCCUGCCUUCAGAGCCUGUCAGGGCUGAGUCUGGCUGUGAGCCUCAGGCUGCACAGCCCCCUCUGCACUCCGACCCUGGGUCCUGAGUUGGCUGGCUGGGACAUGCCCCAGCAGCCCUGUCUGACCUCCAUCACUGCUUCCUGAGGGGUAGGAUGUGAGGACAUUUUUAU